AAGACGUUUAACAGAGACAGACGGAGAGGUCACAGCAGCAUGAAGAGCAUGCAACUUUAUAUACUGUUCAUAUGGGUGUGUGUGUCAGCAGCUUUUAAUCUGGACACUGAACAUGCGCUCUGGUUUAACGGCACUCGUGAAGAUUUCUUCGGCUACAGCGUUCAUCAGUAUGAAUCUGAAACCAGGAAACAAAUUAUUGUUGGAGCUCCAUUACAAAGAAACUCAACUGGGGGAAUUUACACGUGCAGCACAGAUCUGCUGAAUUGCACCAUACUGCACCAGCCAGACUCUGAGAGCUUCAGGUCGUUUGGGUUGUCAGUUGCCGUGUCGUCUUCUGCCACUGCUUCGGUCACUAGUUGCAGUCCAUACCUUCCUCAUGAAUGUGAUGGGAACUCGUAUCUCAACGGCAUCUGUUAUCAGUUCAGCAGCAGCUUACAGGACGCCUCCAACUUUACUGCAGCUUUACAAGAAUGUUCGAAGAGAGAAGUUAAUCUGGUGUUUCUGUUCGACGGAUCUAACAGUAUGAAAUCAGAAGAGUUUGACUCGAACAAAAAAUUCAUUACAGAUAUUAUGAAAAAACUGUCAAACUCCUCCAUAAAGUUCGCCGCUGUCCAGUUUUCUACAGCAAGGAGAACUGUUUUUGACUUCAACGACUAUCAGAAUGGCUCGGCUGAAGAGAAACUCAACAAAGAGAAACAAAUGAGCACCCUCACCAACACACACAAUGCAAUCGACUUUGUUUUGAUAAAUCUCUUUAAUAAUGUGUCCUCUGGAGCGAACCUCAAUGCUGCAAAAGCUCUGGUGAUCAUCACAGAUGGAGACCCCACUGAUAGAGACACUAAAUCUAUCCUCAAAAAGUGCGAUGACCAAAACAUCCUGCGCUAUAUAAUUGGGGUGGGGAAUCUGGAUCUAAAUAAACUGACUUCACUUGCUUCAGAACCAAAACAGAACAACACAUUCUACAUUCAAGAUUACGGUGGACUCAAGGGGCUUCUCGACAACCUGCAAAACAAGAUCUACAACAUUGAAGGUUCCCAGGAAGCUGCUGGUAGUAGUCGACAGAAGGAACUGUCUCAAAGUGGAUUCAGUGUUGUUUACCACAAGGACUCUGUGAUCGUAGGUGCGGUUGGAUCUAAUGACUGGCGUGGAUCUCUGUAUGAAGUGACGGGAUCGGGAUCUGGAUUCACAGAGAUCGAGAUUACAGAUCCAGGGCUCAAUAAUGACUCAUACAUGGGUUACUCUGCUGUGAUUGGACGAAGAGGAAACGUCACUCUGCUGUUCUCCGGCGCUCCGCGGGCUGAACACAAGGGUCAAGUGACCCUCUUCAUUAAGAGUGAAAACAUAUGGAGAGUGACGAGGAACAUGACAGGAGAACAAAUUGGCUCAUAUUUCGGAGCGUCUCUGAGCAUGUUGGAUGUUGAUUCAGAUGGAGACUCAGAUUUUGUUCUGGUCGGAGCUCCAUUAUUUCAUCAGUCUCAGCCGCGAGCAGAAGGAAGGCUGUACGUCUACGCUUUAACAGACCAGAAGAAACCCACAAACAUUGUAAACACAUGCAAUGUGAGCGUGUCAAACACAGGACGAUUCGCAGCAACUUUGGCAUCACUAAAGGACCUGAAUGGAGACGGUCUGACAGAUGUUGCUGUUGGCGCUCCUCUGGAUGAUGAUGGACAGGGAGCCAUCUACAUCUAUAUGGGUCAUGAAACACAUGGCAUCAACAACAAACAGCCUCAGCGGGUCUCAGCACAGAUGGUUUUGUCCGGUCUGCAUCAGUUCGGUGUGUCUCUGUCUGGUCUGAUGGAUGUGAAUGAAGACAACCUGACAGACAUUGUGAUCGGAGCACAAGGAGCGAUCGUGCUGCUGAAGGCUCGGCCAGUGAUGUCUGUAUCGUCACAGCUCAGUUUCAGUCCUAAAGAGAUCAAUCUGACCGACUUUGAAUGUCCCAGCACGAAUGUGUUUCACAUGUUUAACCUCACUUCCUGUUUCACUAUGACAGAGCGCACCAGUAGCACAGGAUCUCUAAACAAGAGUCUGAAUAUCUCGCUGAAUCUGAACAUGGAUUUCAUCAGAGAAAUGAAUAGAGGAUUCUUUGAUCAGAUGAAUUCAUCGUCUAGAACUCUACAACAGUCCGUCCUGCUGGAGUCGAAGUUCUCCUGCUUCAGUUUCUCCGUCUUCAUGCCGCGGUGUGUUGCCGACACCGUGUCUCCACUGAAGAUCCGAUUGGAUUUCUCACAAAUGGAGAUGUUAAAUGGAAAUUCCACAGCUGUUCUUGACAUUUACAGCAGGACAGAAGAGUUCACUGAGGUGCCGUUUAAGAGGAGCUGUCAUUCAAACAUCAGCUGUGUGGCCGAUCUGAAGCUAAACUUCACGUUUAUGAACGACACGUUACUGGUGGUGAAUGAAGCUCAUUUUAUGGUCCUCGUAUCGCUGGAGAACCCGGGAGAUGAUUCCUUCAACACCAGCAUAGUGCUGCAUUACCCAGAAGGCCUUUCUCUCUCCAAAUUCGAGACGGUGAAGCCGAGUCGGACUCGCAGCAGCUGUGGGAAUCGGGACGAUGAUGUAAUGAACAGAACCACCUGUGGCAUCAAUUUACCGGUGUAUGCCAGAGGUACCACGACUCAGUUUCUGGGAACGUUCCGGGUGAAUUUGGAGUACGACUGGACAGACAUGACACAGAUGAUCAUCACGGCCAACAGUGAUAACUCCAGGAACAACACAGAUGUCACCGUGAAGAGGACUGUAGCGGUUCAGUUCGCCAUUGAUCUGGCCAUCAGUGUAGUGGCUGAAGAUUCAGUGACAUAUCUGAACAUAUCUCUGGAUGAUCAACAGCCAAAACAUCUCAGCAUCAUGUUCAAGGUGGAGAAUCUGGGUGUGAAAGCUCUGCCGGUGUCAGUAAUAUUUAAUAUGGGGUGUCAAUCUCCACAUGUGACUUUAAAAAGCUCCAGUGUGCAUCAGAAUAUAACGCAGUGCCAGUUCGAUCAACAGGACGGUCGCUGUGGGAAGUUUAAAUGCAAUCCGUUCCAUCUGCAGAGAUUUUCAUCUGUUCUUUUCAAUCUGACAGCACACAUAACUCUCCAGAACAUGAAGGAAUAUGAGCAUAGAUAUUCCUUCAGUGAGUUCAGGACAGAUUUUACGUUUAACGUCAGCGCUCAUGUGGAGUAUAACAGAACCCGCUACAACCAGAUGUCCACUGGCCUGAAGGAGGACCCUCACAAAUCUCUGGCUGUUGUGAAAGUGGAGUUUGUCAAUCCACCCAAUCGGCUGCUGAUCAUCUGCACAGGUGGAGGGGGCGGGUUCAUCUUACUCAUUAUAAUAUUAGUGCUGCUGCUGAAGUGUGGGUUUUUUAAGCGGAAGCGUCCUUAUGAGUUUCCUGAAGAGGAGUGUGAAACUGCGUCUUUGGUGGAGAAACCAAACGAUGCUUCCCUGAUAGAAGAGAAAGAGAACGGAGCGAUCGAGAGCGGAGGGACUGAAAAGGGCAGCGAAAUCAUUCCAGAUCCUCCAAACAUCGAGUAAAAAUGAAGUCAUUUCAGUUCAAUUAGAGCAUCACAUUAUUGUAUUAGGGAUGUGUGCAGUGAGCUAUGAGACUAAAUAACAUAAAAUCACUCACAUAACGUCAAACAAACACAAACUAUCACUGCCUUGAACAUCGUGUCGUUAACCCAUGAAAAUAUUAAUUUAAGUGUUCUGUCUGGGUCAAAGACAACCGUCCAGUGCGUUUCUAUAGAAAAUCAAUUGAAAAACAGUGCACACCCACAAAAACAUACAUGAACAGCCAUAACUCCACAUAUAAGUGAAAAUAGGUCUCUAAACCAAGUCCCGACGGUUUGGCUUGGAAACCUCUAUCGCAUGUGAACUGUAUCCGAAUAGUGAUUUCGGCAUUCAAAUACAUGUUGAACAGUUAAAUAAAGACUAUCCGUUUAUAUCCUUAAUUAAAACAAAUGUAUUAUCACUCUUUUCCUUGCACUCACUUUCUCUUCAUGUUGAAUGACAUUAAAUCACAACUGCUAUAUAGUGCUGAAUGCAGCCGCUUGUAAACAAUGCAAAUGUUCUUCAAUACACAACGUUUCUUACGGGAACACAGAAGUAUCACUUUCCUCCCUUCUCCAUUAUCCCAUCACUCAUGGUGUGUUCAUAUCAUGUCAGAAAGUGUUCAAGUUGUAUAAGCGCUCUGACUACACAGACAUGACGUCAUGGAAAAAUAACUAAUAAGGCAGGUGAAGGUAAAACACGUGGUUUUAUAUGUUUUUUUGUUCUUAAACGUUCUGCAUGAACUUGCCAUAAUCAUACACGCAAAGUCAGUACAUGAAAACAGACGUGCUUUUGAAACGUCUUAUCGCAAUGAUCUGUUCCUCAGGACAAACUGUGCUUUGAGUCACUUCAUUUACGUACAAUACACCCAUACUCUCACCCAUGCCCACUUACGCUUUGAGCUGGCACGAAACAUGUAUAACUCGUUGCACACGGUCGACACACUCACAGAAAUAGAGCCCAUAGAGUUAAAUGAAUGAAUCAAUGUAGACAAACCUCUUACCAUUAUUACUGUUGUCAUAGAAACAACUAACUUAGAAGGUGUGUGGACGUGAAGAGCUCUAGAUUCUACUGUACCAGUCUUCUGACAUCAUAAUCAUCAUGAACAUCAUCAUGAGUAUUGUUGUGAUGGAAACGGUUUUAUUAUUAUUAUAGUUUAAUAAUAUAUGUUUUCUUGAGUUUUAAUGUUUCUGUUCUUAUAAGAUGCUUCAUGUUUCUAGUGACUUCAAUAUUUCCUUCAGUGUGCUUAAUGUUAAUGUAUAUAUACAUAUAUAUAUAUAU